CUCUCAAAUGCUCUCGUUUUCCAAUGGUCGAUGAAUACUCUACGAGGGUCCAUCAUCGCAUUUCUCAUUAUUUUGGUCAUUUCCAUACUGUCAUUUCCAUACUCGUCUACCAUCUAUACAUUCAAAAAUGUUCUAAAUUUAAAACGCACUGUCCCUUCCCCUCCAGGCCUGCCUCUGAUCGGAAACACUUUCCAACUCUCCUCACAGCCGCAUCGCCAAUUCCUUAAAUGGGCUCGACAAUAUGGCGAGAUAUAUCGUGUCCGUCUGGGCUUGAUGGAUUGGUAUAUGCUCAACUCCCCCGAGGCAGUAAAGGAAAUACUUGACAAGCAGUCCGCCACAACGUCGUCGCGGCCACGGAUGCCUGUUGUAUUCGAUGCCUUGUCUGGAGGAAUGCGGUUUCUUUUUAUGCCGUACGGCACUGAAUGGCGACGCCUACGGACAGUCAGCCAUAAGCUAUUGACUCCGCGAAUGUCGGACACAUUUCAGCCUUUACAGGAAUUUGAAUCAAAGCAAUUGCUGCACGAUUUAUUGACAGACAAUGCCAAAAGCACUGAGAGAAUACCGCAAUGGGAAUGCGAUGAUGUACGUGGAAUUUACCAAAUUGUGAAAGACUUUUCCUACGUAUCUACCCUGGGACGCUACAUCGCCGACGGCGUACCUGGGUUGGCCGAGCUUCUUCCAGUCCGAUUGCAAUGGUGGCGCAAAUCUCUUCAACCGAUGCUAGCUCGACAGGAGUCAAUUUGGAUGGGCUUUUGGUCCCGUCUACGAAAUCAGAUGGAAAAGGGAGAGGCACCUGAGUGUUUUGUGAAGCAAUUCAUCGAGUCUGAAUAUCACGAUAUGGGGAUUACAGAAAUUCAAAUGGCAUUCCUAGCAGGGUCCUUAAUAGAAGCUGGCGCGGAAUCCACCUCUGCGGCAGUCAACAGUUGCAUGCUCUAUCUCUCGGGCUAUCCGGAUGUUCAGCGUCGUGCGCACGAAGAACUUGGUAAUGUAGUAGGCAAUACUCGUUCACCUACUUUCCGUGACAUGGUCCAGCUUCCCUACAUCCGUGCUAUUGUCAAGGAGACUCUUCGGAUCCGCCCUCUCACCAGCACAGGUAUACCACAUUACGCCACCGCUGAUGUCAAUUAUAAGGGAUAUACAAUCCCCAAAAAUUGCAUCAUCGCCAUCCAGCAAUACCCUAUUCAUUAUGAUCCAAGCAUAUUCCCAGAGGCGGAAAUCUUCAAACCGGAAAGAUACCUUGGCCAUCCACACAGAGCUGGCGUAUAUGCCGCAUCGGCAAAUCCUCGUGAACGUGACCAUUGGGAUUUUGGGGCUGGCCGACGCAUUUGCCCCGGUAUGCACCUGGCAGAGAAUAGUCUUUUUAUCACAAUCUCUAAGAUAUUAUGGGCAUUUCAAGUCCUGGCGCCCGGAAAGGUGGAUUUAUCGCAUAACGCGUAUGAGCCUGGCUCGAUGACCGUCCCCAAGCCCUUCUCCGUGAGUUUCGUUCCACGGAAUCAGGAAAUUGAAAAGCUGGUGAAGAUGGAAUGGAAAGUGGCGGAGGCCGAAGGAUAUACAUUGAGAGAUGUCAAGGUCAAUGCGACGGGUAGGACGAUAUAA